AUGGCACAUGGUAUAGCACUUGCUGGCGGUCCUUAUGGCAAAGUACUUGGUUACGAACGUCCACUAUUUUUUAAACCAGAUGAAGCAGGAAAAAAAGAUUUUGAAGAUUUAAGUAAACAAGGUAUAUCUGGUAAAGCACGAUGGUUUAAUACAGUUGAAAAAAAUAUAAUGCAUAUGACAUCAUUUACAAAAUAUGAAUUAAAAUCAGUAAAUCGAUUUGUCGUGAAUUUCUUUCAAAUGCUUUGUGCAAAUAAUAUUGAUAAGCCAAUUGGUACUGUUGUUCAUACAGGAAUGUUAAAUGAACAAGUUGGUUAUGAAAAUAUCAGUAGGAUACAAUAUUUUUGUGUUCUUGUUAGUUUUCUUUUGUUUAGAUAUUUUACUCAACGAACUCUUCGAAUUGAACGUAUGUGGCCAUCUUGGGGACAUUAUAUUUAUAAGAAAACAACACCAUUUCAUUUAAAUCGAGAAUAUCAUAUAUCAUUUGGUGUAAAAAUAAAAUUUAAUCAAGUAAAAUCCAUGGUUAUUGAAAUACUAAGUGGCGAACCUAUUUAUCGUAAUGGUGAAUUUUGUGGAUUUUUUACUUCUACAACAUAUGGUUUUACACUUAGAAAACAAGUAUAA